UCACAUGAACACUUUCACUUUCCAAACAUCACUUGAAGCGUACUUCCGGGCUUGCGGGAUAUCUAUUUUAUAUUCGAAAAUAACUUUAAUAACAACUUGUUGGCCUACAGUUGAAAACGUUUUCAUUACGUCCUCUACGUCCUUCUUCCAAACGCGCGUCUAUUGGUAUGUGCAUUCGUCUGAAUGAAUCAAUCCGCCCGGGGCCUGUAUUGAAAUGUAAAUAGACUACAUAAUGUCAAUCAAACGUUAAUUUAUCAGUGUAUAUAUAUGCCACCCAAUAUGAACCGGAUCGUUCAUUAUUAAACUAUUAAUAAUAUUCAGUGACCUGGUAAAUAUUAGAUUUUUUUCGACAAAGAAAACUGUAUUGAAGAGUUGCAGUUGCAUCUGCGCCAAUGGACCCGUUGGAUUUUCUGACCGAUGAGGAGUUACUGCGGUUUUUCCGCUGUAGUAGGACUGAGAUGUCGUGCAUGGAGCAACCACACACAUUUCUUAACCAGCUCCGAGACCACAACCUCAUUCCGGAAGAAAUGUACAAGAAGCUGAUUCGGAUGAGGCGUAAGGAGGUGAGGGAGAAGGGUGUGUACCAGGUGUUGGACUGGGUGGAGGCAGAGAGGCCCAACAGCAUCAAGGUGUUCUGGAACUGUGUGUUCAGGGACCACCUCCUGCAGCAGUACCCCACGUUACGCCUGCUCCGAAACCGCCUGCUGGACGGGUCGUUCACAUUCUAUGAGAAACUGCCAAAGAAGGUGGAGAAGGACGAGGAGGAUAAAAAGAAGGCUUCAGCUGAAGGAGAAGAGGAGGAUGAGGAAGAGGAGGAGGAGGUGAAAACAAGGAAAAAUAGUAAAGAGAAAGAGAGAAGUGAGAGUGCUGAGGAGGAGCAGCCCAGCACAUCCACCCAGUCCAACCCCAGUCAGAAGAGGAAAGUUCAGAGUCCGACCAACUGUUUUGCUUCCAGGAAGGGGGAGAAAGAUGACAUCUGGACCUUGCCCAUCCACAAGACCCAGCUCCCAGUCACCUGUGGGGACAAAGAAGGCAUUCUCAUCAGGAACAAGCUGGCCAAAGGGGAGAAGUGCAUUGUGGUCCAGGGUCGCUGGUUCACCCCAAGUGGCUUUGAGGAAUUUGGGGGGAAGAAGAGCAGUAAGAAGUGGAAGUACAGUAUCCGCUGUAGCGGCACCACUCUGGGAGAACUGAUCCAGGAAGGUCAUUUAACUUCACCAGACUUUAAAAGAAGAAAAAGUGCACAGGAUCACCACCCUGGUUCCUCAUCCACUGUUCGGAGGUCCCUACAAAUGAAUAGAACGAGAGCACUGUUUCCCUCCAACCAAUCUUUGGGCUCAAUCACACAAUCUGAGGAGGAUGAUGAUGAGGAGGACGAGGUAGCGGAAGAAGCAGAGCAGGAAAGAGAGGAAGGAGAGAGAGAAGAGCAGGCAUACACUGCUGAAGGAGGGAGCAGGAAAGGAGGCAGCCAUGGUGCUGUGAAAAAGUCUGUCUUCAAAGUCACCUGUGGAGACAUCAAUGGGAUGCUACAUAAGGAUCGGUUUGCAUCAGGGUUGUGUGGAAAGAGCAUCCGUACGGAGCUGCGCUGGACUCCCCGGUGGAGUUUGUGAAGGGGGAGUCAGCUCUGGAAGAUCCUUCCUGGAAGAAAGACAUCCAGUGGGACGGGAAACCACUCAGCGUCCUCAUCAAGAGUAAGAUCUUGGUCAUCCACUCUCUCCUGUGUAAGUGCAAGCUGUGCAGCUCCACAGCCAAAGACAGGGAUAACGAUGACGACUGCUUCAUCUGUAGAAGCCAGGGUAGCUUGAUAUGCUGUGAUGAGUGUCCUCGCUCCUUCCAUCAGAGAUGUCAUCUUCCUAAUGUGGAUGACGCUAUGCUGGGGGAUGAUCGUCCGUGGUUGUGUACAUUCUGUGUACUGAGGGCCAGUCAGUCGUGGAGUUACCCCACACAAAUGACCUACCAGGAAGCCUUGACCUGCCGAAUCUCUGACCACCCACUGGAAUGCCAGUACCUCCUGCUGUGUCUCUACCAUGCAGAUGAGGACCACAUCUUUGUGAAAGAUCCUUGCAUCCAUGUGAGAAACUACACAAGUGUGAUAAAGACCCCUAUAUGGCUGGACAGGGUUGUGGAGAAGCUGCAGCAGAAUCUCUACCAGUCAGUGCAACACUUUGUGUCUGAUGUGUUGCUUAUCUUCACCAACUGUGCCACAUUUAACAGGGACAAUGCAGAGUUCCGUGUG